AUGUUGGACAGACUACCCCCCGAGCUUGUUGGUAUCAUCUUUAACGAUUGUGACCGUCCAACACGGAUACGCGUCUUGCAGUGCUCCCAGGGGUUUCGGAAAGCCUUCAGACCACGGAUUUAUCGGCACAACGUUCUGUCAGAACGCUGUUCUGCUGCUCGAUGGGCAGUGAUUCACUGCCGUGAUGAUGCCGUGGCAUUCCGCGUAGUCGAGGCAUCGGUGUAUGCUGGGAUGGAUGUUUGGGCCCCGCAGUUCGCCAUCACGCUGACCGAAAUGUUCCCAAGGCGGUUUGUAUUGAAGCUUUCACGAAUUCUGGGUCAGUCUGCUGCUAGUCUGUCCCCAUUUGCCGUCGCCGUUCUCAAGCGAAGAGAGGAACUCGUCACGUCUAUUCUUAGCAUGACGAGUGCAACGGAAUGGCACUUGGACAAGUUGCUUGCUCCAGAUAUCACGACGUAUCUGGGAAAGUUGACAGGAGAUCAGCCAUCAUCAAGUAGCCAACUUACGCCUCUUCAUAUCGCCUCCGCCACUGGUCUGGACGCUGUCGUCAAGCGAAUCCUCGAAAAACCGGCACCGGGGGUGGUCUCGAAAGACGCACCGAUCUUCAAGGCAGAAUAG